AUGCGCAACCCCUACUAUGCACAUGCACUCACACUCCCAACAGAACUGCUACGAGAGAUUCUUUCUCAUCUUCAACCCAACCAUUCGAAAUCCACCCUAUAUGCCUCGUCGUUAGUCAACAGCAGCAUGUAUCAUCUCUCCAGAGAAAUACUCUUUCGAGAGGUAACAGUAACCUACGGAAUCUGCUCAGAAGCGAGCACCUCUCCUCUUAACUGUGCAACUAUGGUGUCCACGCUCAUCUCUAUUCACGACCUCGCAGGAGGUGGUGGCACUGCUCUAAGGUUUUUUGAUUUUCUACAACGCUUUCCACAUCUUCGACCAUAUGUGCGAACGUUGAAACUAGAGUUUCUGGAAGAAGGUCGAUGUAUAAGUCCACACCAUCAUGUGUUAUCUUUGGGACCAAUACUGCGACUCUUGCGAAAGCUAGAAACUCUGUCUUUCUCCAAACUUGAGGGCACCGCGUCUGACGUGUACCACCACACUCAAUUCCACCCCAGGACAGUAACUAACCUACUCGAGGCCUUUCUAUCGCUGCCGUUCAACCUUUCACAUCUUGAUACACGUGGAUUUGCUAUAUUUCCCUUAUGUCUCGUGUUGCAGUGCCCUGCUGGACUCAAGAAGCUGUCUUUCACCCGCUUAGAUAUGGUGAUGCCUUCUGGUGUAUUCUAUCAACGGCUUCGGGUAAACAGCCUGGAUAUUGGAACCUGUCUACCUGAUUUCAAUUCAGUAAUUGACGUCUCUGUUUUAAGAGACUUGUGGAUUUCUACGCUGCCCGAAUUUUCAGUGACCACAGCGACCAUGCAAUCAAUCAUCAACGGGUGCAAGGAUACACUAGAAAGCCUUGAAAUAUCGACCGAAUGGUUCAAGCGAGGAAAUACUGAUGGUCUUCCGGUUUACCACCAGCAACUACAUGAAAUUGCCGCAUGUUUUGACAUCGAGAAUCAUACCGCCCUCCACCGCAUUACACUAUCGGUGACUUUUAGCCUAAAGGAUGUCGAAGAUCCCAACGAUACCGAAAAACAGUACGAUGGAUUCUCUGCUUUAGCGAGGUCCCUUCGAGCAGGAUUGCUGCGAGCAGCCUCAAUUACGCUAUCUGUCCGCAUUCAACUGGUCGGAACUGAUCCCAGAAGCAGCCUUUUCCAUUCCCCAGAAAAAUUUGUGAUUCCAACUAUGAAGAUGGCCUUUAUUCUCCAUCAUUUUUCUGUGGGGAAAAGGGUCCGGUUAUUACUCCAAGAACUCAGGCACUACAAAACGCCGCAGGAGUCGCUUGUUCCGCUGGACAAAUUCUGGAUUCCCAUUUUCACGUCUUUCGAAGAAGACCAGCUGUACUUUAUUGACUACGUCCUGUAA